UCACAUAUCCCCUUAGGACAUUUUUACAGAAUCAGGUCAUCAGAAACAGAGGUAUACGAAAUAUGAGAGUGGUGGGGAUGUUAAAUGCGUUGGUGCCGUGUAUAUAGAGAUCGCAUCAUUACAUAUCUUGGUAGUUCACUUUUUAAUUUCAUUAAGGUCACAUCCUUUUGUACAAAACAAAUUUUUGACAAUGGUGCUUUUCCAGUUUUUUACCACUACUGUUCUCUUGUCAAGUUUAACGUCAGUGAAACCAUAUUCUGUUCCAUACCAGAACAUUCAACUAUUUUCCAUCACACCAAAAUUGAUAUAUACAUCUGAAUCUAAUCCUACUUUCAGUGGAUAUUCCUAUAUAACUCAAGAUUUUAAUGGUGGUGAAAGUAAAGUUGUUUUUACAACUGGUGCUGAUUCUAUGAACAGAUUGAAGAAUGAAAUAAAUUCAAUGAAGAUAUCGGAAGGAUAUUCACAAAAAGAAAAAGACCAAGAGAAUACAAAAUCCUCAGAACAAUCUGAAUCCAUAAAGGCUGAAGAAAAUAAAAACAAACAAGAUCUUGACUCAAAUAUUGAAGUUCUCAAUGAAGAAAGGAAAUUUUCAAAAAAUCCUGAAGCAGAUAAUCUUAUUGAACAUCAAUCGAAUCUUCAACAAGUUUCCCUUAUAGAUGUAUCUUAUCCUGCAUUUAGAGAAAAUUUAUUAAAUUUACAUCUUCCAGAAUUUUCAAGAUAUCAAAUAUCAAAUGUAAUACAGAACCAAUACUAUCCUUACAAUCCUUACGCUCGCUUACAACUGCCUUUAAAUAAUUUUGAUUUUUAUAAUCCUACUGUGCCACUAUUUUAUCAAGCAGCAGCAGUCAUUUCUGAUAGUAAUUCCAAGUCAACAUCUACGGCUACUGAAAAUACAAAAGCAUCUGUGGAAUCAUAUAUUGCUAAAAACUCACAAACAAACACUACUAAUUCUGAAUCUAACUCAGUAAAAUCUCAUAUAAUAUCAGAAUUCAAUUUAGAAUCAACAACAAAUGCAAUCGAAGAAACGCCAUCAAAACAAUCUGUUACUUCCAUAAAGAAACUUGAAUCUAUAUCUGAAAGAAUUAGAGAAGAAAUUACAACUAGUGAGUCUACAGUAACAUCUCAGAAAUCUGUCGAAGAGAUUACAGAUAAAAAAGCGAAUAGUACCGAAUUUACAAGUACAGAAACAAGUCUUCUGGCAGAGAAAUCAAAUACUGCAAUAUAAGAAAUGUACAAGAUGUAUAAAACACCAGCUAAAAUAUAAAUUUAUAUAUACUCUAUUUUGUGUAUUACAUUUAUAAUACAUUUAUA